AUGUCUAUCUCUGAAGUCUAAGAGUCUGUUAAUAUUCAAAAUUUAUUAAAAAUAUCUAAGAAUUUUUUAUAUGAAGAUUUAGAAAUUAAAUCCAAGGAAUAAUGGUAAGAAUUGUUAAGAUUUUUGUACAUAAAUAAAAUGAUAUUGCUGGAUGAUUUAAAGUCAAUUGAUCAUAAUAUUUUAAUAUACCCUGUAUCACUAGAACACUUUUUAAGAAUUAUAACUUAGAGCUUUAAUGAGAAAGAGAUCAAAGAUUUAGAAGCAAAUCUCUGCUAAUUGAUGAUUUAAAUAAAUGAUUGCAAAAAUAUGCUAAGCUUUUGGAAUACUGGUAAACUUUCUAACCAAGAACUAAAAUGCCUUUUGAUUAUUUUUGAAAAGAUACUUUAAGAGCUAUAAAAAAUAUAAGAUGAUUUUGAGGAGUAUAAUAGAACUGUAUAGAAUACAAGGGAAAAUGUUUAAUAGUUAAAAGAUGUAUUUGAAGAUAUCGAAGACCAUCAAGCAUUUAAGACAGCUCAUGACUAUCAAAAAGACGACGCUUAUUCUAUUGGGAAAGAAUACCACUAAAACAGGACUAGAGAUGUUCAUUACAGAAAUCAACCUAUUAAAGUUAUAAAAACCUUUGCCAAUGGAAUUGUAAGACAAAUUGGCUAUGACAUAGAUUAAGAUUUUCCUGUUGAAGUUGUCAAAAUUCCAAAGUUAUUUUCAGAUUUUGAAGUUUUAGAAUCUAAAUUGAAUUCCUUCAAUGCCUAUAAAGAAUUAAUAUUCUCUAAAUAUUUCCCAAAUUAUAUUGGUUUUAACAGCUUUGCUGAUUAGCUAUAUAAUCUUUAUUUUAUGGAAUUUACUAGAGGAAAAUCUUUGAAAAAAUUACUUAUUGAGGGUAAAAAUAGAUUACACCCUGGAAUGGGUUUAUUUAGAUAUUGGAUGAGAGAAAUAUUUUUAGCAUUUAAAGAUAUUUUACAUAAAACUACUUAUGUGCCCGAAACACCUAUUACACUAAAAAGAAUAUAUGUCCAUGAUAAAUUAAAAGUAUAUAUAAAGAAUCUUGAAUUCCCUAUUUUGAGAAGAACUUCAUAGCACUCUCAUGAAAAAUUAGAAGCUCUGUUGUUAAGAAAUUAUGGAAUUCUAUUACUCUAAAUUUUAGGAUUAUAAGAAGAUGAAAUAGAUCAGUUAAAUAAAUAUAUUGAAUUUAAAAAUUUUGUAACAGGCAUGCUAUUAGCUGAAGAAGAUCUUCAAUAAUAUUUCAAAAAAGAAGUCAAACAGAGGUUAACUUUUGAGAAUUUACUUUACCACCACUUGCUCGACGAAUAAUACAUACUCGAAUUGGAUGAGUUAGAGCUAGUCAAUAAUUAUGAGUAUAUUUUUAAUAACGAAGAAUUUUAAGAACUUGAUUGA